AUGGGAGCUCUCGUCUGGUGGCUGGCGGCCUGCUGCCUCGUUCGCGCCGUCGCCGCCGGCAAUCCCGACGCCAAACGCCUAUACGACGAUCUCUUAUCCAACUACAACAAACUAGUGCGUCCUGUUGUCAACAACACGGACGUCCUUCGCGUCUGCAUCAAGCUGAAGCUGAGCCAGCUCAUCGAUGUCAACUUGAAGAAUCAAAUUAUGACAACGAACCUAUGGGUGGAGCAGUCGUGGUAUGACUACAAGCUUCGUUGGGAGCCGCGGGAGUACGGUGGAGUACAUAUGCUGCAUGUACCUUCCGAUCAUAUAUGGAGACCAGACAUCGUACUUUACAACAAUGCCGACGGUAACUUCGAGGUAACGUUGGCGACCAAGGCGACCAUCUAUCACCAAGGGCUGGUCGAAUGGAAACCACCCGCUAUUUACAAGUCCUCCUGCGAAAUAGACGUGGAAUAUUUUCCUUUCGACGAGCAAACAUGCGUUCUUAAGUUCGGUAGCUGGACCGCCGAUGGAAACUACGAGGUGACUCUGAUGACCAAAGCUACUGUCUACCACAACGGAAUGGUGGUGUGGCAGCCACCCGCCGUCUAUAAGUCUUCGUGCUCGAUCGACGUCGAGUUCUUUCCUUACGACGUGCAAACCUGUGUGCUUAAAUUAGGCAGCUGGACGUAUGACGGCUUCAAGGUGACGCCCCACUGUAACGCCGCUUGGGGCCGCGCGGUUGGUACACAUUGCGUGUCCGCGCUGCCGCUAGCGCAUACGGCGAAGAGCGCGCGUCUCAUCCGCCGCCCGCUCCCCGCCGGCGCUAACUUCCCUAGCUGUAACGAGUUGCAACUUAAUCUAACUAUUACAUUGGUGACGUUUUUAAGUAUCUGGAAUAGCGGUUACAACAGGAGCGGAUUGCUCUGUUGGGAGGCUGUAAGCGCCGCGCUCGCUGACACACACACGCGCGGCGGAGCCGGUGCUUCCGUUAUCCUAGGUUUUCACGAGUUACAGACUAUGGAGAAGCCACAAUGGUUUCGAUAUUUAGUGGACUUGAGGCAUAUGGAUGAGCAAGCUGGCAGUAAUGUGGUGUCUAUGGGAGUUGACCUAUCUGAGUUCUAUAUGUCCGUGGAAUGGGACAUUUUAGAAGUACCAGCUGUAAGUAUAAACCGUAUUAGGAUUGUCAUAUUCGUUAAAUCCGUACAUGACGAAUUCGAAGACUUUUACAUGUCAUCUAAUCGUCCUAUAAUGAACGAGAAGUUUUACACGUGUUGCGACGAGCCCUACUUGGAUAUAACGUUCAACAUUACACUAAGACGCAAGACGCUGUUCUACACAGUCAAUAUUAUCAUACCUUGUAUGGGUAUAUCAUUCCUUACCAUACUUACGUUUUACUUGCCUUCUGACAGCGGCGAAAAGGUCACUCUCUCAAUAUCGAUUCUUAUCAGUCUUCACGUGUUCUUCCUUCUUGUGGUGGACAUCAUACCGCCAACGUCUCUGGUAGUACCUCUUCUUGGAAAAUAUCUCAUCUUCGCAAUGAUACUGGUUUCAAUAAGCAUAUGUGUGACGGUGGUGGUAUUGAACGUACACUUCCGCUCGCCCCAGACACACCGAAUGGCGCCGUGGGUUAAACGAGUCUUCAUACACAUCCUGCCCAGACUGUUGUUCAUGAAACGACCGCAGUACAAAUUCGAUACAACAAGGUCUCGUUUCACAACAUGCGGAGUGGUAGUUCGUUGUGGGGGCGCGGCCAGACCUUUAUAUCCGUAUCGUCUAGCCUCUGCAGAUGAUGACUGCUGUGCUCCUGGGGCUUGGCCACCUCCUGCUGUUCCCGCCAGACCUCUCACUCGUACACCCAGCAAGGAGGACUUAACACAUACCACAUACGUGCAAUCUGGGUUAAGUGAAAGUAACCGUUUUGGUGGGAGCUGCGUUGUUCACGGUUCUAGCGAGGGCGGAGCCCUACCAGUUCCCGAGGAGGAGGCUCUAAGUCCCGUACCAGAUCCUCCGCCAGGCUUCAGUCAUUCUGCCUGUCCCCCAGAAGUACAUAGAACCUGCUUCUGCGUGAGAUUCAUAGCAGAACAUACUAGGAUGUUGGAAGACUCAACUAAGGUUAAAGAAGAUUGGAAAUACGUUGCGAUGGUGCUCGAUCGUUUAUUCUUAUGGAUAUUUACAUUGGCGGUUUUAGUUGGAACCGCUGGCAUUAUUCUUCAAGCGCCCACGUUGUAUGAUGACAGAGUGCCCAUUGAUAAACAUUUCAAUCAAAUAGCCACGUCGUCCCUAGUCAGGUGUCCGCCACCAUCUGCUAAAGUGAACGGUAGUUCGCUGGACCACCGCACGCCCGUCCCGCCGCACGUGUUCUAUUCCACGACACCUACUGUUAAUAAGACAGACGUGAAGUUGGCGCGAGUCACUCCGCAAAAAGGGGGUGCACUAAUUCAAGUCUUCUUCAGCGUUAACUUCAUAUAUGAAGUUACAAAUGAAUGUGAAACCACCAAAUAA